AUGCCUCCCGUGGAUGAGGUGAUCAAAACAGUGGCAAAGCGCAAGGGGAUCACGUUAUCUGAACAAGAUUUGACGACUAUUGUUCUUGGGGUAGCCAAUGGCUCGGCCCCACCUACAGGGAGUAAACGGACACGCUCGACUGCAGCUGCAGGAGUGGCGUGUGAUAAUAGUGUUACUUCAAUUGAUUUGUUGAAUGGAACAACGGAGCCAGGCGCAGUUAGUAACGCAUCCUCUCCCGCUUCCUCCAUCACUCAUAGUGGUGUUGGGCCUGAAGGGGAUUCUUCCUCCCCUCCACCUCGCAAGAAGCAGCUGAUCAGUGGAGCUGCGGUUCCCUCCACACGAUCCGAAUCCAGUAACGGUUUGCUAAUCGUGACAGAUGACGAGCAAUCAGAGGGGCUUGUGCAGACAGGACGAGAGGCGGCUACAACAACCAGCUAA